GGAUUUGCCUGAGGGAUUGCUAAAUUUCACCCGGAAUCAAAACAGGUUCGUGAUCACGACUAAUCUGUUCACGUUGCACUCUCUAUUUCUCUUGUGAUAUUUCAGUUCAAAACAUUCUUAGGAGUUUACUGAAGACAACUUCAUAUAAAUAUUUAAAAAUAUUCACUCAAGGAUUACAACGAUCUGUGCAAUAUAUAAUAUCUGGAAUAUUUGUUGAUAGUUUAUAGAACAGAAUCGUCAACAACGUGCUUUGUAUUAUUGUUGUUUUGAAUGAUUCUGUUACAAUUAUGAAAUGCCAUCUGUUGAACUUUCCGUGAAGUUACUUAAUAUUAUGAGGCCGAAGGAAUUAUUUUAGAGAAAGUGAUAUACUUUGUCAACCAGAUGGGCCAACAUGUCAACUUAUUUUUAAUUUUGCAACUUGUUGUUCUUGUGUGCAAUAGGCUAAUUCUGAUUCAUUGUGUUGAAGUUGAUCUGCCUCUGCCUCCAGAAGUUGCUACUUCAAAAGAUGGUGAAUUACGUUUAGAUUAUCAUCCUCCAGUUGGGCUUCCUCCACCAAAUAUAACAUUCCAUCCUUUGGAUGUUAAAGAUGGCAUUAUUGUGGAUGAUGUUAUCCCUGGUACAGAAUAUGCAUUUCAACUUUAUUAUUCAAAUCGAUCUAUGAUUGAAGUUUUAACAUGGACUACCGUUAUAGCUACAGAACCAGAUCCACCAAGCAAUUUAUCAGUAGAUGUUCAAACUGGAAAAAUAGUGGAUUUAGUGUGGGAACCUCCUCUUCAGGGAGGCUUUUCAGGGUACAAAUUAGCAAUUCUUUCAUCCCAAGAUGACUCUAGUCCACGAUAUUUUGACUUGCCUGAAGAUUCCCUGUCUUUUACACUUCAAGAUUUAACAGCUGGCGCAUCAUAUGAAGUACAAUUGUCAACUUUGUAUCAAGAAAAAGAAUCAUCAGUCUUCAUUUCAUCAAAUUUCACAACAAAACCCAAUACACCUGGCCGUUUUAUUGUGUGGUUUAGAAAUGAAACGACUUUGCUUGUUUUGUGGCAACCUCCGUAUCCAUCUGGCAUUUUCGAUAAAUAUCGUGUUAGCAUAUCUCCCGAAGAUGCAGUACAAUCUGUUCUUUUUGUUGAUAAAGAAGGAGAACCACCUGGUCCUGCUCAAGCUGCAUUUUAUGGUCUCAUUCCUGGUAGAGCUUAUAACAUAUCAGUACAAACAGUCAGCUACAAUCAAAUUAGUGAACCUACAGAAGCACAGUAUAGAACAGUUCCUUUGCCUCCCACAAAUGUAACUGUUAGUAAAAAUACUUUAACUCCAUAUUCAUUUCAUGCUGUGUGGUCUCCUCCUAAAACUUUAUCUGAGUUUGAUCGAUAUCAAGUGGCAUUGGGUAUACGAAACAGUGUGAGACAAACUAUUGGUCGAACUGAAAAAAGAAUUGCUCUGUUUGAUGAAAAUUUGGAACCUGGAAGAACAUAUGAAGUCAUUGUUAAAACUGUUAGUGGUAAUGUAGCUAGCUGGCCUGCUGCUGUAAAUAUAACAACAAGACCUCUUCCUGUUGUCAACCUAAAUUCUACUGCUAUUGAAGCUGGUGGAAUUCUGAUUCAGUGGGAACCCCAUAAUAGUAGUUUACAAGAUUCUUAUUUGGUUAGCAGUCAUGAACUAGAAGCUUACAAUGGCGAUGGAAUUCCUCAAGUUGUUCAUGAGACUAAUUAUCAAUUGAGUGAUUUAUUACCAGGAAGAAAUUAUUCAAUUAGCGUUGUGGCUUUAUCUGAUGGCGUUUCUAGUGAACCAGCUGCUGUAUAUCAAGCUACAAGACCUUCUUCGCCUGUCAUUGAAAUGCUUGAACCUGUGGCACUUGGUUGGAAUAUAUCAUGGAAAUCUGACGUUACAAGUAGACAAGAUUCUUAUACUGUUACUUGGGUUAGAAAUGAUACUGGAAAAGUCUUGACUAAUACCACAAAAGACAAUUGGUUAUUAAUUGACAACUUGUAUUCAGGAGCCAGUUAUGAAAUUAAAGUUUAUGCCAUAAGUUAUAAUUUAGAGAGCGAACCUCAUUCUUACUAUCAAACUGUUGCUCCCAAACCUCCACAAAAUGUUCAAAUCGUGAAGGCAAAUAACUCUACAAUGAUUUUAACUUGGAUAUCGCCUAAUGAAUCAGUGAUUGACCAUUACCUUGUACGUUAUCGCCCAGUUAGUACAGUUCCUUGGAAAGAAGUUGUUGUUGCCAAUGCUACUUCUUGUGAAAUUAAAAAAUUAGAUUCAGGAGAGAAGUAUGAAGUUCAGGUUGUAUCAAUGAGCAAUAAAGUGGAAAGUCCAGAUGCCAAAAUAAUAGAACAAACAAUGUAUCCUAACCCUAUUAAGCAUGUUCGUCAUAUUCUUGAUUCCUACAAUAUAACAUUUGAGUGGAAUAUUCCUCCUGGUAAAAAGGAUUAUUAUAUUGUUAACUACUAUCCUGUAAAAUCUCCAUUUCCACAGCUCUCUCAUCAGGUUCCUGCAAAUUAUUCUAAAGCAGAUGGUUUGAUGACUUGUAUGAUCGAUGAGUUAAAGCCUGGAGAACUAUAUUCAUUCCUUUUCUAUGUUGUAAGUCAUAGUUUAAGAAGUGAAGGCAUUGGCCUACAAACAAGAACAAAACCUGUUAUAGAUUCUGUUAUCCAUAUUGUUACUGAUGAACAAGAAACAAAAACUUUGGGAAUCAAAUAUACACCAACACCUAUACGAAGUGUUGUAUUUGACCGCUAUAGAUUUCAGCUUAGUGGCACCAAUAUUCCCGCUCAAGAGAAACUUCAGAAUGAUACCAAUCGAUUAGUGAUAUUUGAUGACUUGAUUCCUGGACGAUUAUAUAACAUAAGUAUUUGGACAGUAAGUGGUGGUGUCUAUAGUGUACCAAUCGACAGACAAGCUAGAUUAUAUCCAGAAUCUGUUGGUGAAAUAAUGGCUCCAAAGAUAACAGAUACUGAAAUUACUCUGACUUGGAAUGUCCCAGAUGGUGAUAAGGAUGGAUAUGAAGUUCAGUAUCAAGACCAUGAAGGAAAUCUCAUUAAAAAUGUUACAAUCUUAAAUCGCAUAAGUUAUAGUGUACUUCGUCCUCAUCACAACUACACAUUCCUCGUCUCAGUAUUAAGUGGUUAUGAUACUUCUACUACAAUUCGUGGAAGACCUAUUUCCAGAACAUUUCAUACUCUAGAAUCAGUUCCUGGAAAAGUAAAUAACUUUCAAGCAGUGUCUGUGAAACCAAAUGUCAUUACUCUUCAGUGGACUUUGCCAAGUAGUGAACAAAAUGGAAUAUUAACCGGAUUUGUAAUAACAUACUUCGUAAAGGGAUCUCUAUUCCACCAAUAUGAGAAAUUUGGCCCGACUGUUACUGAAGGAACUAUUAAAAAUCUUGUUCCUGGCAAAACAUAUGUUUUUGAGAUACAAGCCCAUACAAAAGUUGGACCUGGUGGAAAAGCAACUCUGGAAAAAACUCUUCCUUUAGGAGCUCCCCCGGCUCCUGCUAGUAAUGUGUUCCCUAUUAGCGUUGGUAAAUCCUCAACUACAGCAAGAAUUCAAUUUAGGAAGAAUUUCUUUUCUCAUAGUCAUGGACCAAUAACAAGUUAUACCAUAAUUGUUGCAGAAGAUGAUGGUAUUGAUUCAAAGCAACAAAAAAUGCCAACCUGGAAUGAUGUCCAAAAGUAUUCUAGGUGGCCUCCGUACCAGGUUUCAGAUCCGUUUUAUCCAUUUAAUGGUACAUCUUCAGUUGAAUUCACCAUUGGAAUGGAUGAUUGCACUGAUGUUAAAGGGUAUUGCAAUGGACCACUAAAGCCUGGAACCAACUACAAAGUUAAAGUUCGAGCUUUCACUGCUCCUGAGAAAUUUACUGACACUGUUUACUCUUAUUCUUUUCAAACUGAUACAGAUAAUACAGCUAUGCUUGCUGGAAUCACUGUUCCAAUAAUUCUAAUUGUUCUUCUCAUUGUUAUAAUAGUAGUGAUAAGACGAAAGCGCAGACAUGGCCCUUUUGCAAAAAAAGUUUCCGACGGACAUAUUAAAGAUGAUUCUAUGUCGAUACCAGAGAGUGAAAUUAUAACUAAUCGACCUGUGAAGUUGAAAGAUUUUGCAGAUCAUUAUCGCUUUCUCUCAGCUGAUUCAGAUUUUAGAUUUUCGGAAGAAUUUGAAUUGCUUAAACAUGUUGGACGGGAUAAACCUUGUAAUGCUGCAGAUCUCCCUGUUAAUCGGCCAAAAAAUAGAUUUACCAACAUUCUUCCAUAUGAUCAUUCUCGAGUUAAGCUUAUGCCAUCGGAUGAUGAGGAAGGAUCAGAUUAUAUAAAUGCUAAUUAUAUCCCGGGUUAUAAUUCACCUAGGGAGUUUAUUGUAACUCAGGGUCCUUUACAUAGUACAAGAGAUGAUUUCUGGCGCAUGAUUUGGGAGCAAAACUGUCGUGCUAUUGUGAUGCUGACUAGAUGUGUAGAGAAGGGAAGAGAAAAGUGUGACCAUUACUGGCCUUAUGAUACUCAACCUGCUUACUAUGGGGAUAUACAAGUCACUAUUUUGAAUGAAUCUCAAUACUCAAAAUGGACUAUAUCCGAAUUUAAAGUUUCUCGGGGUGAUCAAUCUCGAAUAGUAAGACAUUAUCAUUUCACAACUUGGCCAGAUUUUGGAGUUCCAGAUCCACCACAAACACUUGUAAAAUUUGUGCGUACUUUUCGGGAUAGAAUACCCCCUGAUAAUAAACCAGUUGUUGUUCACUGCAGUGCUGGUGUUGGCAGAUCAGGCACUUUCAUUGCACUAGAUCAUAUUCUUCAAAAAAUUCAAAAGCAUGAUUAUGUAGAUAUUUUUUCAAUUGUAUAUGAAAUGAGGAAAGAAAGAGUGUGGAUGGUUCAAAAUGAACAACAAUAUAUAUGUAUUCAUCAAUGCUUAAUGUGUGUUUUGGAGGGUAAUGAAGAUAUGGACCCUAUGCGACAAGAAGUCCAUGAAAACCAAGGAUAUGAAGAUGAUGAAGGAAUUGCAGAAUCUGGUAUUUGACAAUGUAAUUAAGCUUAGGAUAUGUUUCAUGAAAUUUACUGUAAAAGUAAAUAUAGAUUAAUGUAUACUUAUGAAAGUGUAUAUUUAGUAAUUUCUAUGAAAUAUGUAGAUUGUAUAUUCAGGGAUUGAUUUUGUUGUUAAGUAUAGUAAUUUAUUUAGGACGAAACAAAUUGCAGAAUCUCAUUUUUUAACAAAUCUAGAACUACUAUAUUGAUAGCUCUUACAAAUUUUAUUUGUAUACAAAGACUGCAUGUCUAUGCAUGUUUGUACUUUAUUAAACAAUCUUAUAACACAGGCAAUUUUUUGCCUGAAUUACACUAUUUUGCUAUUAAUUUAUUUACACUUUUAAAAUUAUAUGAAAAACCUAGAUUGUAUGUUCUAAGAUUUAUAUAUUUUUUUUUAAUUUUUGUCUUUUGUUCUAACUCUGAUAUUAAAAUUCUGCUGGAACAGAACAUUUAGAAUAAGCUAUGUUUUUAUCAAGUGUAUGUACAUGUUUUAAACUUUACACUUUAUUGAUCCUUUUAAUGAAAAAUACUUUAAACUCUGUUUAAAUUUCACAAUACGAUUUUAAUACUUAAUUUUGUACAGAUUAAAUGUAUUUUUAAGAAAA